AUGUCCAAGUCCAAGGCUCCCCUCGCCAUCGGUCUCACUGCCGCCGGCGGUAUCGGCUACUACCUAUUCGCUGCUGGUGGAAGCCCCAAGGUCGCCGAGAAGAAGGCUGAGGCCGACGCUCACAGGGCCGCUGCCAGCAUCAAGUCCCACCUUCCCGGUCGCGAUGUCGGCGCCCAGGGCACUCUGGGCGAUGCUGCCGCCCGCACUGGUGCCAAGAUUGACCAUGCUGCCGCCGAAGCCGACAAGCAGUUCGGCAUCGCGAAGAGCAACGCUGAGGCCUUCGCCAAGGAUGCCAAGGCUGAGACGCUCAAGAGCAUCAACGAGUUCGACCACAAGGUCGAGAACAAGGCCGCCGAGGUCAAGAAGGCCGCGUCCUCCUGGUUCAGCAGCGGCAACAAGCCCUGA